CCGGGUGCCGAGCCUUUUUCUGGUCAGGACUACAUUUCCCAGUGGCCCCCGCGAGCAUUGGGCCCGCUGCCCCUUUGUGUCCUCCGGAGGCCAGAUCGCUUCUUUCCGGGCCCGCGGAGGCUGGGUUCCCUCAGAUUCAGGGCAGGAGGUGGGCCCGAGAGGAGGUUACCCGAGUUUUCCGGGCUUGGACCUGGUCUUCCGGCACUUCAGUUCUGCAGGACACUGCCAUUUCCCAAGAGAAGAGUCAAGGGGAGGAAAGAAUGGCUGUUGGACUUCUUAAGGCCAUGUACCAGGAGUUGGUGACCUUCAGAGAUGUGGCUGUAGACUUCUCCCAAGAGGAGUGGGAUUGUCUGAAUUCUUCUCAGAGGCAUCUGUACAGUAAUGUGAUGUUGGAGAACUACAGGAUCUUGGUAUCACUGGGACUUUGCUUUUCUAAACCAAGUGUGAUAUUAUUGUUGGAACAAGGGAAGGAGCCCUGGAUGGUAAAGACAGAGCUGACAAAAGACUUGUGCUCAGACUGGGAAUCUGUGUGUGAGACUGAAGAGUUAACCCCAAAGCAGGACAUUUAUGAAGUGCGAUCAUCUCAGAAAGUAAUAGAAACACUUACAAGCUGUGGCCUUGAGUACUCCAGUUUGAAAGAAGAAUGGAAAUGUGAGGGCCACUUUGAGAGGCAACCAGUGAAUCAGAAGGCAUGUUUCAAGGAAAAGACAAUCACUCAUGAAGAAGCCCCUGUUGAUGAAAGAGGACAAGAAUAUAACAAAACUUGGCGAAGUUUCCAUCCCAGCACACUACUUCAUACACAACAGAUAAUCCCCAAAGAGGAGAAAGUACAUAAACAUAACACACAUAAAAGCUUUAAAAAAAAAUUAAUGGCUGUUAAGCCCAAGAGUAUCUAUACAGAGAAGAAACUUUUGAAAUGUAAUGACUGUGGAAAAGUCUUCAGUCAGAGCUCAUCCCUUACUCUUCAUCAAAGAAUUCAUACUGGAGAGAAACCCUAUAAAUGUAUAGAAUGUGGGAAAGCCUUCAGCCAGAGAUCAAAUCUUGUUCAACAUCAGAGGAUUCAUACUGGAGAGAAACCCUAUGAAUGUAAGGAAUGUAGGAAAGCCUUCAGUCAGAAUGCACACCUAGUUCAACAUCUGAGAGUUCAUACUGGAGAAAAACCUUAUGAAUGCAAAGUGUGUAGGAAAGCCUUCAGCCAGUUUGCUUACCUUGCUCAACAUCAGAGAGUUCAUACUGGAGAGAAACCCUAUGAAUGUAUUGAAUGUGGGAAAGCAUUUAGCAAUAGAUCAUCUAUUGCUCAACACCAGAGAGUUCAUACUGGUGAGAAACCUUAUGAAUGUAAUGUCUGUGGGAAAGCAUUUAGCCUUCGUGCAUACCUUACUGUACAUCAGAGAAUACAUACUGGAGAGAGACCCUAUGAAUGUAAGGAAUGUGGGAAGGCGUUCAGCCAGAAUUCACACCUUGCUCAACAUCAGAGAAUUCAUACUGGAGAAAAACCUUAUAAGUGUCAGCAAUGUAGGAAAGCAUUCAGCCAGAUUGCCUACCUUGCUCAACAUCAGAGAGUUCAUACUGGAGAGAAACCCUAUGAAUGUAUUAAAUGUGGGAAGGCUUUUAGCAAUGAUUCAUCCCUUACUCAACAUCAGAGAGUUCAUACUGGAGAGAAGCCUUACGAAUGUAAUGUUUGCGGAAAGGCUUUUAGUUACUGUGGAUCCCUUGCCCAACAUCAGAGAAUCCAUACUGGAGAGAGACCCUAUGAAUGUAAGGAAUGCAAGAAAACCUUCAGGCAGCAUGCACACCUUGCUCAUCAUCAGAGAAUCCAUCUUGGGGAGUCACUGUCACCACCCAAUCCAGUCAAUCACCAAGUCCUGUAGACUAUCUCAAAAAUACUUCUGGAAUUUAUACUCUUUUCUCCAUCUCUAAUGUUGUCAUCCUAGUCUAAGAUUCAUCUCACCUGGCUCACUCUAUAGCUUUCUAACAGGUCUUCCUGUAUCAACUUUUGGUCCCCUAAAUUCAUUUCCCACCAUGCACCCAAACUGAUCUUUUUCAAGUGUAAGAAUACACACAUCACUGCCUCCAGUUAAGAGGUUUUUUGGCUUGCUAUUGUUCUUAAGCUAGCAUCCACAGUCUUUAAAACUGUCUAUGAGGAGCUUCAUUAUCUGGUUCUUAGAUACCUUUCAGCCUUAUUUUAUUCCAGUCUCUCUGGGCACUAGGCACUUCCCAGGACUAAGAGCUUAGAUUCUGGAAAAUCAUAGCUCUACCACUACUGUAGCAUUGUGUGAUUUUGAGUAACUUGCUUGACUUAUCUAAACCUCAGGGUUUUCUUUAAUUCUUAAAAUAGGGAUAAUAAAGGAUACUGUAUUGUAGAAAUGUGAGUAUUAAAUGAAAUAGUGUCUAUUGUAGGUUGGUGCAUAUUAAGUAAGAAAUUUGCAUGCAAAGUACUUAACAUAGUGCAUCAAAUAUAGCAGAUAUUCAAUUUAAUAAUAAUAGCUAACAUGUAUUGAGUGCCUACUCUGCACCAGGCACUGUUCUACAUACUCAACAUAUAUUAACUCAUUUAAUCCUUACAGCUAAAACAAGAUUCCUUAGUGGACAAAGCAGAACAUCAUGGGAAGCAGCAGGUCAGAACUGGGGAAACCUAAGAACUUUAGAAUAUAUG